CAUGCACUAGCCAAUUGCCUCGACCGAGGUCAAGCUAGCGAGCGAGGCGGGCGGAGACGACGGUCGACGAUGAUAUAGGAGCUAGCUGCUAGCAGUGUAGCUUCUCCAUCUCCGGUCCUGGAGACCUGGACUGCCGGCCGGCCGGAACAAGCUAAGCCUCCAGAACAGCAUGGGGCUGGGGCUCUGGGGCAAGGAGGCCUGCCAGCACGUGGUGUCCUUCCUCAUCGGCGCGGCGCUGCCCACCGCCCUCCUCGUCCUCCUCGCGUCCGACCGCCUCGGCGAGGGCUUGUCCACCAUCUCCAGCAGCUGGGGGCGUACUCCAACCCAGCUGCCGGCCCUGGCUGGCAGCCCGCCGUCUCAGGUGGGCAAUAGUACUCCAGCAGCCGGUGGCGCUGCUCCAACUGCUACCCACGGUCAAGAGUCCGAAUUUGCAGGUUUGGCCGAGCUGCUGCCCAAGGUCGCCACCGACGAGGGGACGGUGAUCAUCACGUCGGUGAACGAAGCGUUCGCGCGGCCCAACUCGCUGCUCGACCUCUUCCGCGAGAGCUUCCGGGCCGGCGAGGGGAUCGAGCACCUCCUCGACCACGUCCUCGUCGUCGCCGUCGACGACAUGGCGUUCGCGCACUGCACGGCCGUGCACCCCCACUGCUACCUCCUCGAGGUCAAGUCCAUGAACCUGAGCUCCGCCAACGCGUUCAUGAGCGAGGCCUACGUGGAGCUGGUCUGGACCAAGCUCUCGCUGCAGCAGCGCGUCCUCGAGCUCGGCUACAGCUUCCUCUUCACGGACGUGGACAUCGUGUGGCUCCGCAACCCGUUCUGGCACAUCAGCGUGUUCGCGGACAUGACGACGUCGAGCGACGUCUUCCGCGGCGACGCCAGCAGCCUCGACAACUGGCCCAACACCGGGUUCUACCACGUCAGGGCGACGGACCGGGCCGUCGAGAUGCUGCGGCGGUGGCGGGCGGCGCGGGCGAGGUUCCCGCCGAACCACGAGCAGGCCAUCUUCAACGAGAUCAAGCGCGAGCUCGCCGGCGAGCUCGGGGUGCGCAUCCGGUUCCUCGACACGGCGCGCUUCGGCGGCUUCUGCCGGAUCUUCCACAGCGACAUGGGCGCGGCGUGCACGAUGCACGCCAACUGCUGCUUCGGGCUCAGCAACAAGCUCCACGACCUGAGGGAAGUGCUCGGGCAGUGGAGGAACUACACCGGCCUGACGCCGGAGGAGAAGAGGACCCGCAAGUUCACGUGGAAGGAUCCCACCAAGUGCGGUACGCCGGACAAGAAGGACCUGUCGAUAAAUCCGUGAGACCCCUGUACAAGCGACCGCUUUAUGUUGCACUACACCUACACUUAUAUAUAGUUGCCGUGAAGAUGGCUUUGAGUUCGUGCCAGAGCUUUGCCAUACUA